AUGGAGGCUGAGCCCAGCCGUCCGGCUGAUGGGGAGCGCACUGGAAGGCAAGAGCAGCAGCAUGUGACAGCUGAAUCCUCUCUGGGAUCUUGUCCACCUCAGCAGCCCCAGCAGCCUCCUAAUCCUCGCCCUGUACACAGAGCCUUGGGCCGCCUGCAAAGUCGCCAACCCAAACGCACUGACCUUCUGCUUCGGUUACAGCAGCAGCAAGCAGUAGCAUGGCAGCAUUCAGACAACCCAGGUCCCUCAGGGGUCCCUCCCUUUUUCUCUCCAGCUUCCUCAUCAACCUCUUCCCUUCCAUCUACUUCCUCCACCCGGGGUGAGCAUGGUCAUGGGGUCGCAUCUCAGUCCAGCCAAGACGGCCUAGAAGGAGUCAGCUCACCCAGAAAAGGGGAGAAGAAACCCCCAAAACCAGGGAAAUAUGUGUGCACUUACUGUGGCCGUCCAUGUGCCAAGCCAAGUGUUCUACAGAAACACAUCCGCUCUCAUACAGGAGAAAGACCCUACCCUUGUGCCCCCUGUGGCUUUUCUUUUAAGACCAAGAGCAACCUGUACAAGCACCGCAAGUCCCAUGCCCAUCGCAUUAAAGCAGGCCUGGCGUCCAGUCGUGAUGAGCCUAGUUUGAGUGGACCAGAGGGCAGUGGCGUUGGAGAAGACCCUGAGGAACACACAGAGGGAGAAAGCACUGAAUCUGAAGAAGAGACGGGCCAACACAGAAAAUCCUCCGCUAAGGUGAUGUUGGGCCUGCAAAGAAAAGGUGGUAGGGAGCCGUUAGGAGGCUCAGAGGAGAGCCAGAAGCCGGAAGACUCCCAGGCUGUCAAGCAAAGGCUGGCACUGAGGCUUAGUGAAAGGAAACGUGGCCCAUUGGCUUCUCCAGAUGAUCCUCCUUCCUCUCUUUCCACCUCAUCUUCCUCUCUAGGCCCUGGCAGCAAGGGCAGCACAGAGUCUGGAUACUUCUCCGGGUCAGGCAGCACUGACCUGUCCCAAGUUAGCCCUCCCAGUGCCAGUGUCAAAACCUACGCAGAAAUUAUUCUAGGGAAAUAUGGAAGGAUGGGAGGGCAGCAGCGCAGUCCCCAUCAGCAGCAGCCUCAUUCUUCACUUUCCUCAUCCUCAGGAAUGGAGGAGAAGAACAUUCCCUUCGCUGUACCCAAAACCCAAGUAAUAGAACACAUUACCAAGCUCAUCAAUAUAAAUGAAGAAGUAGUAGACACCAGUAAGAUUGACAGUGUGAAGCCCAGGCGCUCCUCUCUGUCCAGGAAGAACAGCAUGGAAUCAACCAAAUUUACCACCCCUAAAGAUCCCUACACAUUCGAUGCCAAAGCAGAAGCCCCUGGCCCCAGUAGUCUGAAGCAACCCCACAAACCUAAGGCAGAUCCAUCAGGUGCCCAGGAGCUGUCAGCGGUGCCUCUUCUUAGAAGCCACUCAAUGCCAUCCUCUACCAGCGAAGGAGAGCCCUCCACCUCUGUCACCAUGUCUCGCAGAGGUUACCGUCUUUGCCAGUCAUUCGAUGAGCAGCAAGCGUUGGUAGCAGAGAUGAGGGUUGGCCAUGCCCAGCGUAUGCUUAGGCGCCAGCCUGCCAUAGAAGUUCCACUGGGAGCUGAGCUAAUGCUGGAGGAGGCAGGCACCACUUCCUCUUUCUUAGCCAGAGGUGAACAUGCCAGGCAACCACAGCAAAAACAACAACAACAACAACAACAACAGCAAAAGAUUCAGUUUGAAUGUGAAGCAUGUGGGACCCACUUCCAAAACAGGGAUGCCUACGAGGCCCACAAAGGCAUCUGCACAGGACAGCAAACCCUUGACCACGACAGCGGGGAUGCAAGUAAAACAUGUAGUAAGGAUCGCCCCCAGAUGAUGAUGCACUAUAAAUUUCGAGCGUUGGCCAUGGCAGUGAGGAAGAGGAGAAAAGAGGAAAGUCUGGAGGAGGAUCCGCCCAUCCCUGGGUCUGUAGCCAUUGCAGGCAGCUCCACAAGCCUCAUUCCUGUGCCAAGCAGACCAGAUCACAGCCAGGCCCACUCAGGUGUUUCUUUACAGACUGAGCCAAAACAACAGCAGCAAGACAGGAAAGGUGUGUCUGUCAUCCAACACACAAGCUCUUUUGAGAAGCAGGAGAGUGUAUCCAUGGAGAGCCAGGAACCAGACCUCAGAGAGUGUCAGCGAACACAGCCACCCGAGCCAAAACCAUCACCCUCGACAUCUCGCCUCAUCCGCCAGCCAAAUAUCCAAGUGCCAGAGAUCCUUGUUACUGUGGAGCCUGAUGCUGACAUGCCAUCUGUGUCGCAGCCAGUGACGGCAUCCUCGUCAAAGGAGGCAGAGAGAGUGGAGGAAUUCCAGUGGCCUCAGCGUAGCCAGAGUCUGGCCCAGCUUCCUGCAGAGAAGCUGCCACCAAAGAAGAAGAGACUCCGCCUGGCAGAAGCCGCCCAGUCCUCUGGAGAGUCAAGCUUUGAGUCUGUGUCUCUGCCUCGCAGCCCCAGUCAAGAGAGCAACAUCUCCCACACUUCAAGCCUUUCUGCUUCUUUUGAGGACACAGCAAGAACGGAGCCUGCUGUCUGGGCCCCCAGUAGCCAAAGCUCCCAGAUGUUAAUGGUGCCAUUCGCUUCCUACCACCAAAGCCACAAGGAGAUGAGGCGCUCAGCCUCAGAGCAGACCCCAGUUAGCCCCCAACAAACAGAGCAGGUCUCAGAGACUAGAAGUAAGUCAUUUGACUAUGGGUCGCUGACCCCUCAGCAGUCUGCAUCCUCCUGGAAAGAAAGGAGAAAGUGUCUCCUUGUGAAGCAUGCCACCUUAGGUGAACCUGAGCAGGAGGAGGGGGGCAACAUGAGUCAGCUGUCCAGAGCCCAGAGUCCAAAGCCUGGGCCUUCCCGCUCCAUCCAUCUUCCUUUCUGCUCACCAGAGACAAGCGCCCGGUUCAGCCCGGAAGCCACAGGGAAAGCCUUGCAGCUGUUACAGCCACAAAUAUUUCCGCCCUCUCAGGAUGUGCUCCCUUUGCAGCAAACGUUUUCCCCAGGAUCACUAUCCCAGCUACUCCCCGUCACUACAGCAAUCUCUGAAGUACUGUCCACCCAAACCAUCCAUAGAGCCUUCUUACAUUCACAGACAGUUCCUUCACCUAUACAGAUACACCCAGCGCAACUCCACAUGGCAGAACAUUUGGGUAUACCAGUACAUCAGCCUUCUUCUUUAGUUCCUCUCCAGUUCUCUUCUAGAACUAGAGCUAGUCAGGCUCUGUACUUGCCUUUUCCUCCAAGACUUGCUGCGCAUGUUCUUUCCCUUCCUACUACAGAAAGCAGACCCUCCAUUUCGCCCAUGUCUUCUGCCCUUACAUUUCAAUCCCUUGUCAGAAUCUCUUAUCACCAUCCACGGCCAGUCAUUGCCACAUGCCUAGCACAGCUUACACCAGUAGUGUCCCUUGUGGUGCCAGUGCGGGUCCAGACCCAUAUACCUACCUAUGCCAGUGCCAUGUAUACCACUCUGUCCCAGAUCCUGGCCUCCACUCGCUCACAGGAACCCAUUUCUUGCACACCUAUGGUCAUCAUGGGCCAGGUGGAGCGGGACAAGCUGCAAAGGUCCUACUUGAUGGUCCCCUCCCCAGACAUCAAUAGCUUCCUUCCCCUGUCUCUACCCACGGAGCUGGCCUCAGGAUCUGGGGAGGGAUAUGGUCCACUGGGGGCUGGAGGAAGUAAACGCAUGCUUUCUCCUGCAGCCAGUCUGGAGCUCAGCACAGAGGCCCAGCGUCACCAGAAAAGGGUAAAAGAGGAGGAGGAAGGGGAGCAACAUAAGACAGUAGAGAAAGAGGAGGAUGUUGAAUAUAAGGUAAGAAGGGAAGAAGAAAGUAAAGCCACUGGGAGAAAACUGGAAGAGGGGGUGAACAAUCAGCCAGAGGGGCAAGGGGUGAUGACUGUAAAAGCGGAAGGCGAGCAGGAGCAAGAACCAAGGAAACAUGAUAGAGAGCAAAAGGAGGAAGAGGAGAAGGAGUCUACUGAAAAGACAAGUAAAAGAAAGGAGGAGGUGCAAGUUGUAGAAAAGGGGGUUGAAAGACAAGCUUCCCCUUCGUGCCCCAGUCUCCACAACUCCACCUCAGUCAACUGGUGCUACCUGAACUAUGUUAAACCCAACCCGUCUACCCUGAGGGACCCCCGCAGCUCAGUUUAUUCUACCUGGAGCAUCAGUGCUCACAACCCCAACUUGCCGGGCCUCAGCACUAAGGUGGCGUUGUCUCUGCUGUGCUCCAAACAGAAGCACAGCUCAGAGACGUACACCAUGGCCAUGGCUACAUCCCAGGCCAAAAGCAAAUUGGUCCCUGCCAGUAGCAUGACCCCACGUGUGUCAGAGCUACAUGCCAUCCCACCCAGCACCCUCACUAAAGUAAAGGAUCAGCAGCAGCCUGACAAGGAGGAGAAUAAAGAGAUGGGAGAAGAAGAGGAAGAACCCUCCACCUCCAAACAGAGCGAUCCCUCUCGUGUUCGCAUCUUUGAAGGCGGAUACAAGUCCAAUGAAGAGUAUGUUUAUGUGAGAGGUCGCGGCCGGGGCAAAUACAUAUGUGGAGAGUGUGGCAUCCGCUGUAAGAAGCCCAGCAUGCUGAAAAAGCACAUCCGAACGCACACUGAUCUCCGUCCAUACAUUUGCAAACACUGCAACUUUGCCUUCAAAACCAAAGGGAACCUUACUAAACACAUGAAGUCAAAGGCUCAUGGGAAAAAAUGCCAGGUAAUGGGAGUAUCCGAGUCAUCACUGGACGAGCCAGAGAGCGAGGAAACAGCAGAAAGUGAUGAACGCGUGUGUGGCUCAGAGGAACAGGAGGAACAUCAGUUUUCCGACGUGGAUGAGUCAGAGGACGAGGACGAUGACGACAACGACGAUGACGAGGAAGAGGAGUCGGCAUCCCAUGACGAUCCACCGUCCUCUUGUUCGUCAGACACCCACCCAUCGACAGCAGGGCAUUCCAGCUGUAGUAGGCGCUCUCAGCAGGGCACUCCUGAACCUGAGCCGCCGGGCCCUAGUCCCAGCCUAGGCCAGGAGCACUCCCCGAGGGGAGUUUGGCCCAGCAGACGAGCCGCAUCUCCAGGCAGCAGGAGAGCGCUGUUCUCCCACAGAGGCUGGAAGGCACACCCAAGAGCCUUCUCCCCCAGCAGUGAGAGCUGUUCCCCCAGCCGCAGCCUUUCCCCACGUUUGGAGCUGUCCUCACCCAUCCACAGCUUCUCCCCCAGGACAGAGCUGUCCUCGCCUAGACACGUCUCACCCUCCCCAGAGAGAGGACCAUCUCCCAUCAGACCCCUUUCUCCUCUUUGUCCCAUUUCGCCCAGCUGCUACCGAGCAUCACAAGCUCGGACCCCUCCCUCACCACUCAGGCUCCUGCACAGGACCCCUGGAUACCUGCCGUGGGAGAGCCCUGGUACAAAGGGUAGUCAUGUCAAACCGGUGAAAAUGGGUACAGCAGCAGACGGGCCAACAUGGCCAGAUGCCAGCUUGUUUCCACCUGCUUUCCGUCUUUCCACUUGUGAGGGUUAUCCUGGCCACCAAACAGCAGACAACAUCUUCAGCCAUCUUCCCAUGCACUCCCAACAAGCCAAGGUCCCCUAUCUGAUGAUCCCUAUUGGAGGGAUCCAAAUGGUACAGGCCAGACCUAGGUCCCAACCCACCACCCCCUCGUCCCCAACGUCUCCCCCCAUGGAAGGGCCAUCACUGGCCAGAUUUGAAUCAUACUGGGGCGGGACCCCCAGAACCCAAGGGCUUAGGACUCCUGGAGACCACUGGUCAGAGCACCAGACAGCAGGAACCAGCCAGUCAGGACAGUGCGUUCUCAGCACUGCAUUAAAGCAAUAUGGCAGCUCACAUGGCUCCGCUGAAACCCACAGUCCUGCUACUGAGACCACCAAACACUGCGUCAGAUACAGUUCAGGAGCACCCCUCAGUCUAGCAGCCCCCGUAGCCAAGCAUGUCACUGGACAUCAGUCAGAGGGGGCGGGGCCAGCGUCUGGUGGUGAUCUGGUGGAGGGAGGAGCUAAAGAAGACGCCACAACAGACGGCACUUAAUGGUGUCUACACCUUGAUGCAUCAUGCAUCCCAUUUUGCUUUAUUGGUUGCUACACUAGUCUUGUUUUUUAUUAUGCUUCAAUUUUAUACAGUUUUCAAUACUAUUGUUAACUUAAAUGUUUGUUCUUUGGCAAUAUUCAGGUUUGUUAUAAAAAUGCACUUUUUUCUUUGUGAAAAUAAUGUCUACCUAUACAUACAAAUUAUAUAUAUAUAAAUAUGAAUAUAUCCUUCCUGUAUCUCUAUUGAUACUGGUAAUCUUAAUGUGUUUAAAUAUAUGUAAAAAGAAUAUGAAUAAAUUUGUAAAUGACCAAAAUCUUUAAUCAAAAAUAAUUCCAUUUUUUUGUCCAACUUUUGUCUAGUAUUACGCAAACUGUAGUUACUUGUGCCUUUUUUUGUCCAGGUUUGUGUUUUGAGAUGUAAAGUACAGAUAAACAAAGAGAAGGCUGUGAAAUUUUAUAUCUGCUUUUUUUGUGUUGUUCAGGAGGGUUAAUAUUUGGUGUUUUUAAUGUUUCUGUUCUAAAGGAUAUUGAGUUAAAGCCAGGGUAACAGACAGUCGAGUCGUAGCGUUAUUGAAGGAAAAGCGGAAGCGUGUCAAAGGAAAUGCACUGAAGUUCUAUUUUUUAUUACAAAAGAUUUUAGAUUAGAAUAUAUCUCUGUACAGGGAAGAGUGAUCCUUAUUUAUUGUUAUUUGAUGACAAUGAUCUUUUUUUCUUUUUUUACUUUUUUUUAUUGGAAAAAUGAUGUUUUUUGUUACAUCUAUGUGUCUUUUUCAUGAUGUUCAUGUGACUUGAAUUGGUGGCCAAGAUGAGGGAUUGCGUUUGGCUGGUACCUAAGGAUUAAGUGCCCUGCAGGUUUCACACACAGCAAAAUUUCUAGUCAUUGACGAAAUAAAAAAUGCACCAG